UUUUGUAUCACCACGUCUCUUACACCCUACUAGUUGAACGCCUUCCGGUCUUCUCUCCUCUGUUCUUUUUUUAUUCUUGUGUCUAUUAUUCAUAUUUGUCUUGUCCACGUUCUAGAAGUUCCCUUUUCUUUCUCCACCGAAGAAAUCUCCGUCGUUUCACCAUUGUGUCUGUCUAGGGGAUCCGGGCUUGUUCGAUGCUAACUUUCUUAUUAUUUGUCCUCAUCUCACCUCACUGAGAAGGAGUCUUCUUAUCCUCCUGCUGUCUCCACCAUGCGUUUCUCUGGUGGUGCAGCAGUAGCGCUGAGCUUCUUCUGUGCUGCCUCCGCUUCUGCUUCUCUCCACCCUCGUCGUUCCUAUGAGACUCGGGACUACUUCGCCGCCCACCUCGACGCAUCCACCUCCCCGUCGGAUAUCGCUCAACGGUUAGGCGCCCGUCAUGAAGGCCAGAUUGGAGAGUUGGUAGGCCACCACACAUUCUCCAUAAGAAGGGAGAACGGCGCCGAGGUGACAGCACUCCUGGAUGAAGUGACCGCCCGGAGAAAGCGGCGGAGAGGUGAUAGUAGCAACUACCCAGCCAGCUCUCUGGAUAAAAGGGUAGAGGAUCUAGCAGGGAUCCUCUGGUCUCAAAGGUUAGCGCCGAAGAAAAGAUUAGAGAAGCGGAUGCCGCCUCCGGAGAUCUUUCCCAGAGCUUCCGUUGACAAUCUGGAAAACCCCGAAGCUGUUCAGGCGCGGGAGGAACUUAUUUCUUCUCUUGGGAUCGCAGAUCCGAUCUUUCCGUCACAAUGGCAUUUGUUCAAUUCCGUACAAGUGGGCCACGACCUAAAUGUUUCAGGGGUCUGGCUGGAAGGCAUCACAGGAAAUGGUGUAACAACUGCGAUUGUUGACGAUGGACUGGAUAUGUAUAGUGAUGAUCUCCGCCCGAAUUACUUUGCUGAGGGCUCCUACGAUUUUAACGACCACACUCCCGAACCGAGACCUCGACUUCGGGAUGACAGGCACGGUACAAGGUGUGCUGGUGAGGUUGCGGCUGCAAGAAACGAAGUAUGUGGCGUUGGUGUUGCCUAUGAUAGUCGCAUUUCCGGGGUUCGCAUUCUUUCUGCAGCCAUUGAUGACACUGAUGAAGCAAGCGCUAUCAACUAUGCUUACCAGAAAAAUGACAUCUACUCGUGUUCUUGGGGCCCUCCUGACGAUGGUGCUACCAUGGAAGCUCCCGGGGUUCUGAUUAAACGAGCGAUAGUAAACGGUGUCCAGAAUGGCCGGGGCGGCAAAGGGUCGGUCUUUGUGUUCGCAGCCGGAAACGGUGCGAGCUCCGGAGACAAUUGCAACUUUGAUGGCUACACGAACAGCAUUUACAGUAUUACAGUUGGUGCAAUCGAUCGAGAUGGCCGCCACCCAUCUUACUCGGAAUCUUGCUCUGCACAGUUGGUUGUGGCCUACAGCAGUGGGUCGACGGACGCGAUCCACACGACCGAUGUUGGUACUGACAAGUGCUAUUCCCUUCACGGAGGAACCUCCGCGGCUGGUCCCUUAGCUGCGGGUGGUUUGGCCCUUGCCUUGAGUGUUCGCCCCGAACUCACAUGGCGCGACGCUCAAUACCUGCUGAUUGACACCUCUAUCCCAGUCCAUGAAGAUGAUGGUAGCUGGCAAAUGACCAAGUCUGGCAACAAAUUCAGCCACGACUGGGGAUUCGGCAAACUCGACCUCUACAGCCUCGUGCAGAAAGCCAAGAGCUGGGAUCUGGUCAAGCCACAGGCAUGGUUUAACUCUCCGUGGUUACGGGUACAACAUGAAAUCCCGCAGGGUGAUCAGGGCCUUGCGGGCUCGUAUGAGGUUACCGAGAAUAUGAUGAAAGACGCAAACCUGGAGAGGUUGGAGCACGUCACCGUAACAAUGAAUGUGAAUCAUACUCGCCGUGGUGAUUUGAGCGUGGAACUACGCAGCCCUGAGGGCAUUGUCAGCCACUUAAGUACUUCGAGAAAGAAUGAUAACGCGCAUUCUGGAUACGUUGACUGGACAUUUAUGACUGUUGCCCAUUGGGGUGAGUCCGGAAUUGGCAAGUGGACAGUCAUUGUCAAGGAUACCGUCGUGAACGAGCAUGUUGGUGAAUUCAUUGAUUGGCGUCUCAACCUCUGGGGAGAGGCUGUCGAUGCAUCCAAACAAAAGCUUCAUCCUCUUCCAGAUGAGCACGACGAUGACCACAAUGUUGAAGAUAGCGUUGUCGUCACAACGAGCAUCAAGCCAGCUCCCACCGCCACAGAAGUCGAAGAUCAGCCCACCCAUACGGUGACUCGCCCUGUCAACUCAAAACCUACCUCUACAGAGACCGGCACUCCUGAUGAGGCUUCUUCAACAGAGCCUAGCGCAAGCUCCAGUCCUACCCCGUCGUCGUCCGCUGACAGCUUCCUUCCAUCCUUCUUCCCUACUUUUGGCGCCUCUAAGAGGACACAGACAUGGAUUUACGCCGCUAUUGGAUCCAUUAUCGUAUUCUUCAUUGGGCUUGGGAUCUACUUCAACGUCCAGCGACGCCGGCGUCUACGCAACGAUCCUCGCGACGACUAUGACUUUGAAAUGAUCGAGGAUGAGGAUGAGACAAAAGCAAUGAACGGAACAUCUGGCCGUCGGCGCGGUGGUGAGCUCUAUAAUGCUUUUGCCGGCGAAAGCGAGGAGGAACCUCUUUUCAGCGAUGAGGAGGACGAUGGGCCAUAUCAUGAUCAAACGGCUAGAGCGGAAAAUGGACGUAGAACCAGCACGGAUUUGGAUGAUACCCGGUGACAUUUUGAUACGUUGUUUUCUUUGAUAUUACUUUUGGGUUUUUAUUUUUAUCUCCAUCUGUAUUUCUUACCCUCCUAUAUUCCUACCGCCAUUCUUGGAUGAUUCUUGCAUUGCAUUCUCUUUGGACCCGGUAGGUCCAAAGGCAAGUGUACAUACAUAUAAAGAAACCACUUAGAAACUGGGUUAAAAACAGUAAUUAACCCUAGAAUCAAGGUUUAUAAAACCAAGUUAUAUCGCGA